AUGGAAUGUGAAACUGAAAUUUUUAAGGGGUUUGUAAAGGCCUUGAAGGCAAAAGAAAGUGGCGAAGGAACUCAGAAGGAUCUGAUGAAGGGGAAGGAACCUAUUAGGGAAAAAAUGGAUGCAAUCCGCAAGACAUGCAAUCCAUUGAAAGAAGGGUAUCUGUCACGAGUAACCCAUGUGGUAGUGCAGAAGAGAUAUCAUACACAUGUGGUUCCUGCAAAUCACAAUGAUCCUAACAUGACAGACAAGGAUGGAAACACAUUGCCAAGUACUAUGAUAGAUACCAAGAUGUGCCACCUUAUGGAGCCUAAUAUUUUCUGGUAUAGCCACGCUAAAAUUCAAUGUACUAGCCGUCCAGCUCAUUACCAUGUACUGGUUGAUGAGAACGGAUCCGGCGCAGCUAAAAAUUGGCUAUGUUAUAUAUGCAAGCUUGUGUGUGUGAUUUGUGCUGUGUGUUGUGAAAUCCCUGGGAAUAUUGCUGUGACUUGUGACUGUCCUGACAAUAUGUGUUAUAUGGCUAUUCAAAUUUGUGUCUUUUAUCCAAAUCAUCAUAUAUCUGCAUUUGUUCCCCCUAUCUCUGUAUCCUCACUCUCAGAUAUGGAAUCUGAGUUUUGUCACUAUUGA